CUCUCAAACCUCCCAAGAUCUUUAGAGUUUUCAAACCCCAAAAAUUAUGCAAACCCAAGAAGAAAAGUUCGGAAUUUGAGGCAAAUGUCCAUUCAAUCCCUCUUCUUCUUCUUCUUCUUCUUCUUCUUCUUCAUUCAUUCUUCUCUUGCUGCAACCAACCAUGAAGCUUCCAUUCUCCUCUCAUGGCUUCACAGCUCCUCCACUCUGUUUCCCCCUUCCCCUGUUUUUCCCGACUGGAAUGUCCUUGACUCAACGCCCUGUAACUGGACCUCCAUUACUUGUUCUUCUCAUGGUUUCGUCACUGAAAUCAACAUUAUUUCCGUCCCUCUUCAGCUCCCUUUCCCUUCAAAUCUCUCCUCUUUUCCUUCCCUUCAAAGGCUUGUCAUUUCUGAUGCUAAUCUCACCGGCUCCAUUCCUCCCGACAUUGGUGACUGCACUGAGCUCACUCUCAUUGACCUCAGCUCCAACGCCCUUGUCGGAACAAUCCCGACAACCAUUGGAAAGCUACAGAACCUCGAGGAGCUGAUCUUGAACUCCAAUCAGCUCACUGGCAAAAUCCCACUAGAGCUCACUAAUUGUAAAGCUCUCAAGAACUUGCUCUUGUUUGACAACCGGCUGACCGGAGGAAUCCCUUCCGAUGUGGGCAAAAUGGGGAAUCUUGAAAUUAUUAGAGCAGGUGGGAAUCGAGAUAUCAGCGGCGAAAUCCCAGAAGAGAUUGGAAAUUGCAGGAAUUUGACGAUUUUGGGUCUGGCUGACACCGGAAUUUCAGGCUCUUUGCCUAGUUCUUUAGGCAGGCUUCAAAAGCUUCAAACUUUGUCCAUUUACACGACCAAGAUCUCCGGCGAGAUUCCACCGGAGUUAGGUAACUGUUCUGAGAUUGUUAACUUGUUUCUUUAUGAAAAUAGUUUAUCUGGUUCUGUUCCUAAAGAGAUUGGUAAGCUGCAGAAGCUUGAGCAGCUGUUUCUAUGGCAGAAUGAGCUAAUUGGGACAAUCCCAUCUGAAAUUGGUGCAUGUUCUAGCUUGAAAAAGAUUGAUCUUUCAUUGAAUUUUCUUUCUGGGGCUAUUCCUUUAACAUUAGGGGGACUUUCUUUGCUUGAAGAGUUCAUGAUUAGUAACAAUAACGUGUCGGGGACGAUACCUUCGAAUCUUUCGAACGCGACGAAUCUGUUGCAGUUGCAGCUUGAUAGUAAUGAGAUUUCUGGUUUGAUCCCAUUUGAGUUGGGGAUGUUAUGGAAGUUGAAUGUGUUCUUCGCUUGGCAGAAUCAGCUCGAAGGAAGCGUUCCAUCGAGUUUGUCGAAUUGUUCGAAUCUUCAAGCUCUUGAUUUGUCUCAUAAUUCAUUAACAGGAAGUGUUCCUCCUGGAUUGUUUCAUCUUAAAAACUUGACAAAGCUUCUUUUGAUUUCAAAUGAUAUCUCUGGAACAUUGCCACCUGAUGUCGGUAACUGCUCGUCUCUUAUCCGAAUGAGGCUCGGAAACAAUCGGAUUGCCGGGGAGAUUCCGAGCUCGAUCGGUGCUCUACAGAGCUUGGAUUUCCUUGAUUUGUCAAGAAACCAUCUUUCAGGAUCAUUGCCUGUUGAGAUUGGGAAUUGUAAAGCUUUGGAAAUGAUUGAUAUCAGCAACAAUGAGCUGAAAGGUUCAUUGCCUCAGUCACUUACUUCACUGUCUCAGCUCCAAGUUUUGGAUGUCUCAUCAAACCAAUUUGAUGGUGAGCUUCCAGCUAGUUUGGGGAAUCUUGUUUCUUUGAAUAAGCUCAUUCUAGCUCGAAACGCUUUCUCAGGAACAAUUCCAACAUCGCUAAAACGUUGUUCGAGUCUCCAACUACUUGAUCUUAGCAGCAAUCAGCUGAUCGGGAACAUACCGAUUGAGUUGGGUUCGAUCGAGUCUCUCGAGAUUGCUCUCAACCUUAGUUGUAAUGGCUUCACUGGCUCAUUGCCUUCUCAAAUGUCUGGACUUAGUAAGCUCUCUGUUCUAGACCUUUCACAUAACAGCCUUGAGGGUGAUUUGAAGCCGCUUGCAGGGCUCGAUAAUCUCGUCGUGCUUAACGUUUCGUUUAAUAACUUUACUGGUUAUCUUCCGGACAACAAACUUUUCAGACAACUAUCACUGACCGACUUGGCAGGCAAUAACGGUCUCUGUUCUUCGAUUCGAGAUUCGUGUUUCUUGACAGAUUCCGAUAGGGAAGGACUUGCUAGAGAUGGGGAUGAUACAAUGAGAUCAAGAAAGCUCAAGCUAGCAAUUGCAUUGCUCAUUGUACUAACUGUUGUAAUGAUUGUAAUGGGCGUGAUUGCGGUGAUUCGAGCUCGAACGAUGAUUCGAGAUGAGGAUUCGGAGCUGGGAGAUACAUGGCCUUGGCAAUUCACACCAUUUCAAAAGCUGAGUUUCUCUGUUGAGGAAGUGUUGAGGUGUCUUGUGGACGGUAACGUGAUCGGCAAAGGGUGUUCGGGGAUGGUUUAUCGAGCUGAAAUGGAUAACGGGGAAGUGAUUGCAGUGAAGAAGCUGUGGCCAACUAUGAUGGCAACAGACAGUAGCUACAACGACGAAAAAUGUGGCGUUCGUGAUUCGUUUUCGGCAGAAGUUAAAACUCUAGGCUCGAUACGACAUAAGAACAUCGUGCGGUUCUUGGGCUGUUGUUUGAAUCGGAAUACACGACUACUAAUGUACGAUUAUAUGCCGAAUGGUAGUUUAGGAAGUCUCCUACAUGAGAGAAAUGGGAAUACCUUGGAAUGGGAUCUAAGGUACCAAAUCUUACUAGGUGCAGCACAAGGCCUUGCCUAUUUACACCAUGAUUGUGUCCCUCCAAUUGUUCAUAGGGACAUUAAGGCCAAUAACAUACUAAUCGGUCUUGAAUUCGAGGCCUAUAUCGCUGAUUUCGGCCUUGCCAAGCUUAUCGACAAUGGAGAUUUCGGUCGAUCAUCCAACACCGUUGCAGGGUCCUAUGGCUACAUUGCUCCCGAAUACGGCUACAUGAUGAAGAUAACCGAGAAGAGCGAUGUCUACAGCUACGGUGUCGUGAUAAUCGAAGUCCUAACAGGAAAACAACCAAUCGACCCAACGAUACCCGACGGACAACACAUCGUAGAUUGGGUGAGAAGAAAGAGAGGGAAUGAAGUCCUUGACUCAAGCUUGCAAUCAAGACCAGAGACAGAAAUAGAGGAGAUGAUGCAAGUUUUAGGCAUAGCGUUAUUGUGCGUAAACUCGUCACCAGACGAGCGACCAACAAUGAAAGACGUCGAAGCAAUGUUGAAAGAAAUCAAACACGAAAGGGAAGAGUAUGCGAAAGUCGACGUGCUGCUCAAAGCUGGCUCCUCUCCUGCCAAUGGUGGGCAAGAGAACAAGAGCUCAAAUAAUGUUAAUGGCGUUGGAACAGCAACAUCUUCUUCAAAAAUGUCGACCAGAAGCUUGUUGCCUAAAAGCAAUAACACGAGCUUUUCUGCUUCCUCGUUGAUCUACUCGACAUCGUCCUCUAAUGGCAGAAAGAGUUAAUUUUUUUUUGUAAAAUAGAUUGAUUUGAUGGUUAAGCCAAAGUGGGAAGUUUGUUUAUGAUCAACAAGAACAUUUCUUCUUUCAAUGAUGUAAAAAAAAGAAGAACAAAGAUUGAUAU